CGUACAGUAUUACAGAAUAUGUUACAUUCGAUUUAGAGUAUAAACAGUUCAGAUAAAGUAAACUACAUUUAGACUAUCGAGUAUUCUAACAGCUAAAACGCUUUAUCUGAUGUGGACUGCUCCAACGGACAGUAAAUGCCUCUAGUGCAAUAUAUGUUGGCAUUCAAUAAAGAUUUUUACAAACCUCAAAUUGUAAGUAUUGCGAAAAAUGAUACACUUUAUGAAAAACAUUAUAGUACGUUGAUUAGUACGAGCCCAGGAAGUAGACAAAAACCUACCGGCCAACACUGUUAACAUGAUUUGUUCUUGCUCUACGCACUCAUCAAAGUGACAAAAAGUAAAAGUGAAGAGCGGGGAAAAGGAAACGCACAAGGACA